AGCCAUUGAAAUAUGAAGUCAUUCGAUCAAUGUUAACAUAAGAGUUACAGUGUAUACGUACAACCUUAAAAUUCCAUUGUGAGACUUGGUUUAUUCCCUUCUGGCUCUAGUCCAGGGCACGUGGUGAUAAGACGGGAACUCCAACUCAACGCAACUUAACUAGAUGUUCUUCACAACUGUCAUGUUGCUUUGCGUUCAACCGCCGCGAGGGCUUUCCCUCCAGCAUCUUGAUCUUCCAGUAGAGUACCGUCAUGACCAAUUGAAUCAUCAGUCCUUUCUCUGUCCAUACUCCAAACAAUAAAUUUGUGUUUUUCAAACCCCUUGGCUCUCCAAUCCCCGUCCCGAGUUCUCUCAUCAGGCCAGAUCGUCGCAACCCCAUAACACACCCCAGCCAACCAACACCAUCAUACCGACAUUUACCGACACACAUCGCGACCAUGGCUCAGCGUAACCGCAUCGUGGCGUCUCUGCUCACAUUAGCGUGGGCGACUUCUACAGCACUAGCCGCCAAGAAAGUCUUCAAUAUCCACGAUGACCUUCUCGCCUUUCCCCAAUACCAAGUCCUAUUCCCAGACGAAUAUUUCCUCGACACCCACGCAAAAGAACUCCUCCACACACAAGCCAACCCCCAAAUAAUCAACCACCACGACGGAAACUCCCUCCAAAAGUCACAAAUCCCCCUGAAAGACCGCAGCGCCGAGUUCCAGAAUCCCAGUCCUCAACCGAAUGGCGAGCCCCCGCUCACAUACGAGGAGCUAAUUCUGCAAGGCCGGCGCUUCCUCUGCCAAAUCCCACAAGUGGAGAUCGAUGACCGGGGCAACAACGGAACAAAGGAAUCUGACGAAGCGGAGGAGAAGCAGGAGCUAGCUCGCGCGACGGAUCGCGGCCUAGAACUUCUAAGCGAGAUGGAGGGGAAAUGCAUGUACUAUAUCUCCGGAUGGUGGUCGUACUCAUUCUGCUACAAGAAGCAGAUUAAGCAGUUCCAUGCGUUGCCUUCGGGGAGUGGGAUUCCAAAUUAUCCGCCCAUGGAGGAUCCGACAACGCAUUCGUUUAUCCUGGGUCGGUUUCCCCGCGGUGCGGAUGAGGAGGAGGGGGAGGAUGAGAGGAAGAAGGCGUCGGCGGCGGCGGCGGCGACGACGGACGUGGCGGAGCUGCAGACCAGUGGAGGGUCGCGGUAUCUGGUGCAGCGAUUGGAGGGUGGGACGAGGUGUGAUUUGACGGGGAAGCCUCGGAAGAUUGAGGUGCAGUUUCAUUGUCAUCCUCAGUCGACGGAUCGCAUCGGGUGGAUUAAGGAACUUACCACUUGCUCUUAUUUGAUGGUCAUUUAUACGCCGCGUCUGUGUAAUGAUGUUGCUUUUCUGCCGCCCCAGCAAGAGGAGGUGCAUUCGAUUGAAUGUCGUGAGGUUCUUGCUGCGGAUCAGGUUCCUGACUGGGAGGCUAUGCGGAACCAUCACCUGGCGCAGAGACUGGUUGAAUCGGCGACCACGAUUUCUGAGUACCCCAUUGUCGGCGACAUUGAGGUUGGCGCCAAGAAGCUGGUAGGCACUGAAGGCAAGGAGAUUGAGAAAGGACGUGUGGCAUCCGCUGGAGAAGAGAAGGUGGAGGUGGUGGCCAAACGCGAGAACGGCGAAGUUCUCCAGUUGCCCCAAGCCGAGCUAGAGAAACUGGGCCUUGACCCGGAGAAGAUUGAGACGUUGAAGAUCCGACUUGAAGAGCUCGCUCAGGGCAAGGACUGGACGUUGGAACAUGUCACGGCUAAUGGAGAGCGCGGGUUGAGAGGCAUCGUGGACACCGACGAAGAAGAGGAAGAAGAAGCCAACGCCGAGGCGGAGUCGGCUGAGACAAAGGAUGCUCCGGAAGAACCGCAGAAGAAGAAUCCAACCAAGGAAGUCCCGGAGAGUCAGCCGAAGGACGAGCCAGAGCAACCGCUGGUUGAGGACGAGGAAGAGGGCAGCGAAGAAAUCUUUAAAGACGAACUGUAACUACUUCAAUCUAGACUACGUGAUUAUGUCUUCAGGGAUCUGUAAAUGUAGUUCUUUUAGCAGGCCGUGAUUGGCUAUCGGCAUUUCGUGUCAGUCAAUUUUGAGAUACCUCCAAUACCAUAUAUGCACAAUCCAAGCAUUUGCAUCUAUCCAUAUCUCUAUCUCAGCAACCUAUACCUAGCAUGCAUAUUGAGUAACACCAAGCAGUACCGACUAGUACUCAACUACUAUCCAAAUCUACAACCGAGUAUCUCAUCAUCAUAUCCAAACAACCAGAAGACGCUCAAGCCCCU